AUGGCUAAUACUUCUGCUGUUAAUAGCUCUCUAGAGAACCCCAGAACUAAUGAUGGAUAUGUUUUCACACAAGUAUAUUGGAGCGUUACUGGAGCGUUGACUGUAGUAACUAAUACCUCAUUACUGUUGUUGAUAUUAUUAAGGAGAAAAUUAUGGACAUUUUCACAUCGGAUAAUAGCUAGCAUGGCCUUUGUGGGGAUUCUUUUUGGAGCAAUUUACAUUUUACCACGAUGGGCUAAUCCAGAUGGAUUGCAGACACCGAUUCUUUGUGACAUAACGCGCCAGAUUGGCCAGUCUUUAGUAAUUAAUCUCAAUAUUCAUAUCUGCGUCAUUAGUUUUGAUCGAUAUUUUGCUGUAAUGUACCCUUUUAAUUACCCUAGACAGUCUACAACACGGAACUUAAUUUUAUUGCUUAUCAGUAUUUGGAGUAUUGCAACAGUUGUACCAAUGCUUCCUUUAGUGACAUUUAGACCUGUUAAUGCAACUUACUGUACAAUUUGGGCAAAUGAUUUGGUUGCUGAGAAAGCGUUCUUGUUUGCAAUAUUUUCAAUUCUAUUCUUUCUACCUUUAGUGGUGAUUUUACUAACAUACACUAGGAUCAUUUCUACAAGUUAUUCACAUCGCCAGAGGAUGAACUCAUUUAAUCAGAAGAUGACGCGUAGAAGAAGUUUGUCUAUCAUCAUUUACGAUAUCAAAGCCUUACGUCAAAUGGCCAUCCUUCUCUGUACAUUUUGCCUGGGAUUUUGUCCAUUUGUUAUCAUGUUCAUUAUCCAGCAAGAAAAAAUUUCCGAUCCAAGAACGCAAGUGCGAUCAGAGGCUUUAGUUAUAACCUCUUUUAUUGCAUUUUCAUAUCCAGCUCUUAAUCCGCUAAUGUACGGAUACUUCUCGCCCGACAUCAGAUCUGAAUGUUUUAAAGUUUUCUGUAAAAUGUUUACUUUUUCGAAGUACAACUUAGAGACAACAUCAACAAGCGAAUACUUGAAUGCUGAUGUUAAAACUGUAACCUCUGUUUAA